AUGAUAGGCGAAUAUGAUUAUGUUAUUUUGAGCCCAUUCCAUCUAAACGAACAAACGCAACGUCUAGAUGCUAUAUUGAAGCUCAAAAGUAAUAUUAAUUAUACAAUUUCGGCAUUCAGAACUUAUAUUAAUGCAGGCGUAACUCUAGCAAACUCGAUGUCAAACAUUGCGACGAAAUUCUUAGAAUGCGGUUCAUUCUCAAAGGAUCCAACCAUUUCUAACAUUUCUAACUGUAUUUCAUAUUUUAAAUCGGCAUUUGAUUCUCAUUUUUCCUCAGUUGAACAGAAUGUCAUCGAUCCACUUCAACGAUUCAUAGAAAACGAUAUUACUAAUUGUGAAAAACAUUAUAAAGAAUUUUCUUCAAAGAAAAGCGCUUAUUUUGCAGCUCUCGAUAGAAUAAUGACUUCUAAAAACGUCGAUCAAAAGAUUUUAAAUCAACUAAAGUCACAUAAACAAGAAGCGGCAAUAUCAAAUUAUGAAUUUCAACGCGCCUUAGAAAUUGUCGAAAAGAAAAACUCUUACGAGCUCACCGCUACAGUAUGUAUCUUUACGAUCUCAUAG